AAACCCGCCGUGGAGGGUGGGGUCGAGAAGUCAGCGGGCGGGGCUCGCUCGGACCUCGGCUCCUCCGGCGCUGCUUUUGCCGCCGAGACCUCGCGCCGCGGGGGGCCCUGGCAGUGCUUGUGGCCCUCGAAGUGAGGCAGCCCCCGGAGGAGGAGCCGCAGUAACUGAGGUGAUUCUGCUGAGCAAUGGGAGUGAGAACCACUGACAAAAAUUGAACAGAAAAAGCAAAAGAGGACUUGGACCUGGUUUGUUAGGAAGAAGCUACCCAGGAAGGGGAUGAGGUUUGUCAUUCAUAGAAAAAUGGAUCAUUUAAAUCUCUGGAGGACUCAGUUAUCAUAAUACAUCUAUAGUACCAACUGAGAUUUAUGACAAAGUUCUGCAUUGAAGAACUAAAAGGAUAUUCUUUCAUAAAAAAUAAUCUAGUUGUAUCAUAUUACUAAAUUAAAAUGAACAAUUAUUAAAUUAUUAGACUUGAUAAUACAAGCACACAUGUGCAGCAGCUACUGUAUACUGAUAGCUAAUCAAACCUCAAAUUUAAAUGGUUUCCUAUUGUGGGAAGCCAUAUUUGUACCCACAGAAUACUGUCACCAAAUGUAUUUUCAGUUAAGUGUCACUUAGGUGACUUUUCUUAAAACAAUUUCUAGACAGUUCCAAGUCCCACCACAGUGGAUUUGAUGAAAUGGCAGCAACUUACAGACUUGUGGUUAGUACCGUGAACCACUACAGCAGUGUGGUGAUAGAUCGACGUUUUGAGCAAGCUAUACAUUAUUGCACUGGAACCUGCCAUACCUUCACACAUGGAAUUGACUGCAUUGUAGUACAUCAUAGUGUUUGUGCAGACCUCUUACAGAUCCCUGUGUCUCAGUUCAAAGAUGCAGAUCUGAAUUCUGUGUUUCUACCCCACGAAAAUGGAUUAUCCACAGCAGAUGACGACUAUACCCAUCACGUCCUCACAGGCAUGCACAGAGUCAAGAGAACGUCUGCGUUUCAGAACAGCUGCAAUUUAAAGGACAUUGCAGGAGAAGCUAUCAGUUUUGCCAGUGGGAAAAUAAAGGAAUUUUCGUUGGAGAAAGUAAAAAACUCUAACCAUGUGGCUUACAAAAAGGGAAGGAAAGUUAAGUCUGACUCAUUUAAUAGGAGGUCUGUUGACUUUGACUUGCUCUGUGGCCAUUAUAACAAUGAUGAGACCUCUUCAUCCUUUGGUUUACUCAGGAGUUCUUCUGUUGAGGAAAAAUCUUUGUCUCAUAGAAACUCACUUGAGACAAACCUAACUUCGAUGCUUCUUCAGAACUUCUCUGAAGAAGACCUGGUUACUCAGAUUUUGGAAAAACAUAAGAUAGAUAAUUUUUCUUCUGGCACAGACAUAAAAAUGUGUUUAGACAUCUUACUGAAAUGCUCUGAGGAUUUGAAAAAAUGCACAGAUAUCAUAAAACAGUGCAUAAAGAAAAAAUCAGGAAGUAGCAUCAAUGAAGGAAGUGGUAAUGAUACACUUUAUAGUUCUGAAACUGUCUAUAUGAAUGUAAUGACCAGGUUAGCAUCCUACCUGAAAAAGUUACCAUUUGAAUUUAUGCAGCCUGGAAAUAAUGAGCCCAUAGAUUUAACAGAGCUCAUCAGUAAUAUGCCUAGCUUACAGCUGACUCCCUUCUCACCAAUAUAUGGCACUGAACAGCCCCCUAAGUAUGAAGAUGUUGUCCAGCUCUCAGCCCCUGGCUCUGGACAGUUUCAAACUAUUGAAUUCCAAGAUGACAAGCAUAGUUCUAGGAAAAUGAACAUUGUAAAACCCAUCCCAAACAACACUACGAAUUCUUUAUAUAAUUUGGAGGUAGAUGAUUCCAGAACUUUAAAAGCUGUCCAGCUUCAAUCACCAUCAUUAACCAUGAGCCCUGUGGAGAAUGUUUCUUCUGGAGACUUAAUAGAGACUCUGUAUAUUGAAGAAGAGUCAGAUGGAAAGAAGGCAUUAUUAAAAAAAGGACAAAUGACAGAGAAUGGGCCCUGUCAUCAGCUGCUAAAGGUAAAUGAACAUAGAGCAGAAUUUUCAGACCAUGGCACUCAUCUUAAAAAUUCUUCUGCCUUAAUACAAAAUGAAAUUGGUAAAAUGUUUGAUAAAUCAGUUGUCCAUCUGCCUGAAGAAGACCCUAAAUCUAAAGUUCCUAAAAUGGAAACAGGAGACCAGAGAAAUUUUAUUAACUCCAACAGUCAGGAAGAGAUAGAUAAAUUAUUAAUGGAUUUGGAAUCAUUUUCGCAGAAGAUGGAGACCUCUCUAAGGGAGCCACUUACCAAGAGUAAAACCUCCAGUUCUCUAAAUAGUCACAGUAAUUUGACUGACCAGCUCCCUGUAGACACUGAAUCUAAAUCUAAAGUCUCUUCACCUGUGGAUAAAGUCUCACCUUCCUGUCUAUCAAGGAUUAUUGAAACUAAUGGACACAAAAUAGAGGAAGAGGAUCGAGCCCUCUUACUACGAAUUCUGGAAAGUAUUGAAGACUUUGCUCAAGAACUAGUCGACUGCAAAUCAGGCAGAGGUAGCCUAUCCCAGGAAAAAGAAAUGAUGCAAAUUCUACAAGAAACAUUGACAACUUCCUCUAAGACAAAUUUAUCAGUCUGUAAGGGUCCUGUUGGUGAUAAACCCAAAGACACUACUUCAAUGGUUUUGAUUCAGCAGACCCCAGAAGUGAUCAAGAUUCAAAAUAAACCAGAAAAGAAACCUGGCACGCCACUUCCAUCUCCCGCCACCUUUUCAAGUAGUCCCCAACCUCACCCUCCUAUUCCUGCUGUAAAUAAUGUUGUGAAUGCACCAUUGUCCAUAAACAUUCCACGGUUCUACUUUCCUGAAGGACUCCCAGAUACCUGUAGUAAUCAUGAACAGACUCUAAGCAGAAUUGAAACUGCUUUUAUGGAUAUUGAAGAUCAGAAAGCAGAUGUGUAUGAAAUGGGGAAGAUUGCAAAGAUCUGUGGCUGUCCUCUCUAUUGGAAAGCCCCCAUGUUUAGGGCUGCAGGGGGAGAGAAGACUGGAUUUGUGUCAGCACAAUCAUUCAUUGCCAUGUGGAGAAGGUUGCUGAAUAACCAUCAUGAUGAUGCCUCUAAGUUCAUCUGUCUUCUGGCAAAACCUGGCUGCAGCUCUCUAGAACAAGAGGAUUUUGUGCCUUUACUUCAGGAUGUGGUGGAUACACACCCUGGCCUUACGUUCCUGAAAGAUGCUCCAGAAUUCCACUCCCGCUACAUCACCACGGUUAUUCAGAGAGUGUUCUACACAGUCAACAGAUCUUGGAGUGGAAAAAUUACUUCUACAGAGAUAAGAAAAAGCAACUUUUUGCAAACUCUAGCCCUUUUGGAAGAAGAGGAAGAUAUAAAUCAAAUCACAGAUUACUUCUCUUAUGAACAUUUCUAUGUUAUUUAUUGUAAAUUCUGGGAACUAGAUAGUGAUCAUGACCUGUACAUCAGUCAAGCCGAUCUCUCUCGAUAUAAUGACCAGGCUUCAUCAAAUAGAAUAAUCGAAAGGAUAUUCUCUGGGGCAGUAACAAGAGGAAAAACAGUGCAGAAAGAGGGAAGAAUGAGCUAUGCAGAUUUUGUUUGGUUUUUGAUAUCUGAGGAAGACAAAAGGAACCCCACCAGCAUUGAGUACUGGUUCCGCUGCAUGGACAUGGAUGGAGAUGGAGUGCUGUCCAUGUAUGAGCUGGAGUACUUCUACGAGGAGCAGUGUGAACGAAUGGAAGCCAUGGGCAUUGAGCCCUUGCCGUUUCAUGAUCUGCUGUGCCAGAUGCUGGACCUGGUGAAGCCAGCCUGUGAUGGUAAAAUAACUCUACGAGAUCUGAAGAGGUGCCGAAUGGCUCACAUCUUCUAUGACACUUUCUUUAAUCUGGAAAAAUACUUGGACCAUGAACAGAGAGAUCCCUUUGCAGUCCAGAAGGAUGUUGAGAACGAUGGGCCCGAGCCCUCAGACUGGGACAGGUUUGCAGCUGAGGAGUAUGAGACUCUCGUUGCAGAGGAAUCUGCCCAAGCACAGUUUCAAGAAAGCUCCUUUGAAGAUUAUGAAACAGAUGAACCCACCUCUCCCUCUGAACUUGGAAACAAAAGCAAUAAAAUAGUAACCUCAAGCCUUUCAGAGCAAUGUGGAAAGCUUCAGUCAGUGGAUGAAGAGUAGCUGCCAAGAUCAACAUGAGAGGAAGACCUGUAUUUAAAUGUUUUCUUGUGAAGAGAUGCCCUAGUUUGCAUAGUGCUUCUUAAAGGCUUUGAUUUCUCCAAGUGUGUAUCGGCACUAGGAACAUUUUUAACUGUUUUUAAGCAGUGGGUCUACAUAGACUUGUUUGCCUGAUUCUUGCAGAGCUUUUCCUUCGAAGUGUCUGAAACAACGUACCAUCACUUCACAAAGUCUGCACAUCAGCACUCUUACACCCCUGAAUGUAACUUGGUCCCUUGGGGACAGUGCCAAGUAGUUCAUCCUCUGCACAGAAGUUGAUUCAGUAUUGGCCAGCAUCCCUGAGGCUCACAGGGCUCCUAUGGAGCCUGGAGGAAAUGUUCACUAGCAGGAAACGAGUCAGAAAAUUCUGGAACUUGAAAAUGUAGUCAGGGCCUCCAGAAUUGACUUAGUCCUAGUAAUAAAAGCACUGCCAAAACAUCUCAAGAGACUUCCUUUAAUUAUGUGUACUGGAGUUCAGAGAUCUUGAACUUACCUGGUUUAAUGUAAUUUCACAAUGACCUGCCAAACUGCUAGUCACUUUAUAUCCUCAGGUAUUAUAACCACUGGGCCUUCCGAUUUAAAUGGCAAGCUCUAGCAACCUCCCCAUCUUUAUUGUGGAUCUUAAUAUAAAAUCACAAGAGAAACUUCUUAAAUGAUACCAAGUACAGAAAUUUGACUCAUACUUGAAAAGUCUCUUAACACUCAUAGGAAACUACUAAAUCAUUCAUUAACCUCCAAAUUAUCUGGCCCCCUCUUUAUAGCAUAAGUUCUGAAGACUUAAAAGGAAUAGUGAUACAGUAUUAAGAAUUCUUCGACAGUCUUUUCUUCACUGAAUAUCAACAGUAAAAGCCUCAAUCUAACUCUUAUUCCUUAAUGUUGAAAACAAACUAUUAAUGCAGAUAUUUCAUCCACCUCAAUAUUUAUUACAAAAAUGGAAGCAAAUCAUGAUGGCACCCAUAAAAGAAAGCUGUUACUUUCUACAGUGGUGUAUGUGUUCAAUUCAGAAUCCUGCAUUGUUUUCAACAGACCAGUAUGUAGCUUGUAGCAGGGAGCACUAUUAAAAGAAUGGAUAUUUCUAAGAAAUGAAAUCCCUUCAAAGCAGUUUCUCAGCAUAUGUCAGUCAUUGACUUUUGCCCUACACUUUUUAAAUUGAGGAGUCUUAAAACUGUCAGAACAGCUUCACGUUCCACUUCAUCUUGGUUCCUCUGACUGGUCUACAGGCCAACACCAAAAUAACCUAACACUGGGCAACAGUAAGCAAAAGAUGGAGAAAAGACGACAGUGUACAAUAAAGUUACCAAUCCUAGCCAUCCUGCCCCUUACGAGAUCUCCUGGUGUCCUGUAUGUGUACUUCUAUGAUUAAAUAUACUUAAAAAUUUGUGACACGUGAAAUUUACUACCAAUUCCAUUGAGCUUUUACCAGGGAAAGUAAUUUUUAAAAAUUGUUCAGAUAAAAAUACAAAAGGUUAUACUUUAAGGAACCAGAUAUAGUUUAAAGGUUUUAUUACUCAAAAUUUUCUAAGGCUCAACAGUGAAACUAAAAUUCACUUUUACAAUGUAUUUUCAUUACUAUUUGGCUUUACUGCUUUGCCUGUUUUUUCUUUAUUAAAAUCUUCUUUGACUCUGAUGAAUAUUUGGCUUUAAAACUAUAGAAAUAAAGUUAUCACCAUCUUUAACUUGGCUUACCCAAAAUUACAUUUUUAACAAAUACAAGCAUGUGAUUCACUGUACUCCUUUCUUAGAGUUGAAUACAAGGAAUGUGAAUUCUGAGGAACUAGGAUAGUAUGUUUGACUUUUUGAUAAGGUAUGCUAAAUAAAUAAUGCUAAGUAUAUACUUAUUGCCAAACUGGAAAUUUCAAAUUGUUAUAACAUCCCAGAAUCCUUGAUAAAAGGUUAACAGUUACCAUGAUCUUAAUGCUAUUUAAUGAAAAACAAGUUUCACAGCAUAACAUUAAUUGCAAAGGUAACUGAACUAAUAAAACUCUGUAUAUUUGCCCUGCAUCUUACCUGUCACUGUAUUGUUCAAGUUGUUUAUAUAGAACUUUAGAGUUAACAAGUCAUUGCUCAACUUUUGGAAAUGUUAAGAUGUGUUUGAGUGGGAAAGGCUGCAUGACUUAAAAACUUUUGUUUUUCCCCUUUUUGCAAAACUAAAUAAAAUUUUGUCAAAUAUGAA